ACACAGGCCGGCCUGUUCGGCCGGCUGUUGAAACGGCCGGAGAGGCCGCCUGAGCGUGUAUGGGACCCUUAUGGUUGUACUCCUAGUCCUCCCCCCAUUUAUCCAUUUACGUCAAUUUCUUUUGUUUCAGACACUUUAGAUUUUCCACUUUCUAAGACCAAGAGAGUGUCUCCAGAGAGAACAUGAGACGAUUCCUGCCUCCAUUUCGAUGUGUGCGUUUGUGUAUGUGACGCUUCAUCAUUUAGCAAACACUGCGGGUUCAUGGUCAAAGAUCAGCUCUUUGUCAUCACCGCCUGCAGGGAGGAGAACUUAACACCUUCACGAACCUGGUGGCGGUGCAGGCUGUGGACACGACCUCUCUCUCCGUCACGACCAACACGCCCUACCACUGGCCACGGCUACGGGCGUUGAUGACAUGGCGGGACGAGCGUCUGGCUACGGAUACCAACGUGUUCCGGGACAAACUAUCUGACCUCCGCGGUCACCAGAUGCGGGUGGUAACGUUUCACUUCCCGCCGAGGAUCUUCAUGGAGGAAGAUGAGGAUAGGGCGUCACCUGUCAUGUACGGGGUGGAUAUUGAGGUAGUGCGGGCGCUGACAGAGGCGCUCAACUUCACCGUGGAUUUCCGGCGGCCUUCAGACGGGGAGAUGUGGGGAUGGGAGCAGGACAACGGCUCCUGGACGGGGCUCAUGGGCGACCUGCAGCGGCGGAAGGCUGACAUCGGAGUGGCGGACUUGUACAUUAUGGAGCAUUACUUCACCAUCAUAGACAUGUCGGUGGGUGGUGGCUGAGGACAAAAGAUGAGUGGUUGUAGUAAGUGCUGAAUUAGUGGCUGAGGACGAGUGUUGAGUUGGUGGCUGAGAACGAGUGGUGACAGUAGUGAGUGCUGAGUUGGUGGCUGAGAGUGAGUGGUGGCAGUAGUGAGUGCUGAGUUGGUGGCUGAGGGCGAUUGCUUGGUAGCUGCAGCGAAUGCUGAGUUGAAACUCGGUAUUCUUAUUCAUUUUGAUGUCUGAUCUCUGCUACUUUCUGACGAACUAUAGUGAAAGUUACAGGAAUUUUUA